CCCUUCCUCCAACCUGCUGUCAUCUGUCAGUCCGCCAAACGCUUGAGUUGAUCCAACGCGUUUAGGAUCAGUAGCGUUUGCGUGCCACACCCACUCGUUUUCAAAGACUUUACUUUGGUCCAACCAUCGGACCCCACACUCAUUAGCUUUUCGCCGCCGCUCUUUACUUGCUCUCUUCGAUUUCGUUUCGUUUCGUUUCGGAAUCGACAACAACAACAACCAUAUAAUAAUAUACCCUUGAGCUGAAACAAAAAAUGCGCGCCACCUCUCUUGCAGCUUUCUUAUACCCCUUCGCAUUCAUCGGUUCCUCCCUCGCUGCUUCCGCAGACCAGUGGAGGGGCCGCUCAAUAUACCAAAUUAUCACGGAUCGCUACGCACUCCCCGCUGGCGCAGACACGAACGCAUGUAACACUACCGACCAGACGUGGUGCGGUGGCACCUGGAACACUAUUCGCGAGAACUUGGAUUAUGUCCAGAAUAUGGGAUUCACCGCCAUCUGGAUCAGCCCCACAUCGCAGAACUACGACGGGCCGCGGACGACGUAUGGGGAUGCUUACCACGGUUAUUGGAUCGCGGACGCGAGCCAGUUGAACGACCGUUUCGGGACGUCGGACGAUCUGAAGGCUCUUUCGGCGGAGUUGCAUAGCAGGGGGAUGUACCUCAUGGUCGACAUCGUAGCGAACAACGUCAUGGCAACAUCCACAACACCCGACUACUCCCAGUUCAUGUUCAAAGAUGAGGCGCAGUAUCACAGUUAUUGUCCGAUCGAUUGGAAUAAUGAGACGUCGAUCGAGAAUUGUUGGCUUGGCGACACGAACGUCCCCCUGCCCGACGUGAACACCCAAGACCCGGACGUCGUCAGUGGGUACGCGAGCUGGAUACAGAGUUUCGUGCAGGAAUAUGAGGUGGAUGGGUUGAGGAUUGAUGCCGCGAAACACGUGCAUUAUGAUUUCUGGACUUCGUUCUGUGGGUCUGCGGGCGUGUUUUGUAUGGGCGAGGUGUUCGGGGAUGAUAUAGGCCUCGCAGCAACCUACCAAUCCUCGAUGGACUCCGUGCUCAACUAUCCGAUGUACGACGCGCUCGUGGAAGGAUUCGCGAUUCCCGGACCGGGGAAUAUGACGGCCGUGACGGAGACGUUGGUGGCGUUGCAGGGGCAGAUGAAGGACGCGACAGUGCUAGGCAAUUUCCUCGAGAACCAGGAUGUGGAGCGAUGGGCGAGCAUGUCGAGUGAUCCCGUCUCGUUGCAUAAUGCUAUGGUGUUCAAUUUCAUGUCUGACGGAAUUCCGAUCAUGUAUUACGGCCAGGAACAGGGCUUGACGGGCAGUGGCGAUCCUUACAACCGUGGCCCGCUCUGGACUUCUGGCUAUGCGAUGACGGAGACGUAUAACCUCACCGCGACUGUCAAUAUGAUCCGCAACUACCUCACCAACCAGACCGACUGGGCGAAGACGCCGGCACAGGUACUCACCACCGAGCCGGACGGGAUCGCGAUCAUGAAAGGGGAGGUGUUGAGUAUUUUGACGAAUAUCGGGUCGCCUCCUCAGAACGAUAGCGUCAAGGCGUACACAUCCUGGGAGGAGAGUUUUUCCACGACAGACGUCCUCUCCUGCACGCAAUACGCCGUCGGCUCGAACGGGACCGUCCAAGUGAACUACAACAAGGGCGGAAAACCCGUCAUCCUCGUCCCGGACGAGAUCGUGAACAAGGCGGGGAUGUGCGGGUCGUUGAUCGCGAGCACGAGGACGGGGAGUUCGGAGGCGGGGACGAGUGGGGCUGGGCGGAGGGUCUCGCUGGCCGGUGUAGGAUGGGGAGGAUGGGGUGUGGUGGUGGGAUUGGGGAUGAUGGGGGUUGUGAGUGGGUUGUUGUGAUUAGUUCCAGUGAUGGGUUGAUGGUUUGGUGAGUAGGCCCUAAGGUCGGUUUUAAUGGUGUCGUCAGCCGGUUUGUUCGUUCGUGGUGGUCAUGUUGUCUCUGGUGCAUACUCUCCUUUCCCCCCGCUCCGUCCUUUCUCUGCGCUCCCUCAUUCCUCCAUGUCCUCCCCGCUUUCCAGACAUCUACUCUACGCUCUUUGUUCCAUCUCAUCCAUACCACGUUGUCGCUGUUGCUGUUCAAACAUUCACUGUUUGUUGUCUGUCUGCCUGUUCAUCUGUCUGUCUAUCUGUCCUUGAUCUGUCCGUGGAUUUUGUUUGUUGUGUAUCGUUUUGCGUUGGCGUUGGCGUUUUGUUUGUUUGGUCUCUUGGUCCCGUUUUCUUAAAUAGGUGUUCGUGAUAGUUUCUCUUUGGUUCGUUUCGGUUAGUCUUUUUGGAUUCGCAGUGGAGAUGGGACGGCCCGGGGUUGAUGCCAGUGGAAUCCCUUUUCAAUUUCGGCUGGGUACCUGGUCCCUUAGGAGCAGGUUUUGACAUGAUGCCGAAAACCGAGGUUUCGCUCAAUUUGGUAGCUGUUACCUUCCCUAUUUAGUUAGU